AUGUCUCAAUUGGUUGAGCGCACCGGUCUCUUCACAACAACGCAGUUAUAUGAGCCCUCACACUCAGAUGUUCUUCCUCCUGCACCAAUGCUAACAGAAUUUGCUCCAAUUCUCCCCGAGGAGGGGCCUGUUAGUGGCUACGGAAAGUCUAUCCUAAAGGAUCACUUGACCCUUGAGAGACGAAUGCUUGCUCUAGAAGAAAUUACAGAUAAAGUAGCAGCCUAUUGCAAGAUGCUUUCAACUGAGCUUCCACGAAAACUGAAGAGUAAAAUAGCAAAACAAACGCAAGAGAUCGUAGAGCAGAAGGUCCUCCGCCAACAGGAGGAGAUGUUAGCAAGAAUCACAGUUUUAGAGCAACGCUUUGACAGCUUUGCUGAGAAGUUCAACAGACUGUUAGCCCGCAUUUCAAAAUCCAGAAGUAAUAGUCCUGAAUAUCAAUCAGCAUCAAGUGCUGAGCCGUCCAAUACAUAUAUAACGCCAAAGGCCCGAAAGAUCAACACACCCCAAAGUCAUGUUAGACCAGAUGUUACGCCCAGUGUGAAGAAUGGCAGACGCGAAUCCUUGAGCGCCAACUCUAUGGCAGUGCGAUCUGGGCCACGGUGUGAACUUUCUUGCACAGAAAUACACGAGCUUCAGAAUUUGGGGAAUGAGGUCAAUGACAUAGAAGCCUUUACGAGCACAAUAGACGUUGACAAAGAUAGUGGGUCGAUGCAGACACAACAACGGGAAAAAAGCAUAAGUUCUGCAGAACCAGUAACUAGCUCCUUGGCACCCGUUCCACCAGCAGUUCCAUCUGGUACCAGCAAAAGGCCAGGCUCAGCUAGCCACAUUUAUAAAGCAUAUCCGCGUCCAUCUACCGUUGCUGGAUAUGGGUCUGGACAACUUACUGCACAGGGAUCACUUCCACAACCAUACUCCUACAGGUCACGCGCAAAUCUCAGUGCUGCGUCUACAUUUGCAUCUGCGUCUGUAAUUGCUCCAGAGCAAAAUCUUCUUAUGCACGUUGGAUCUCACGCCCUUACAGAUAAGCCUUCGGUUUCUCGCACCUUUCCAACUGUGGAGGCUGCCAGGACAUUUGAGGUAAUUCCCGGCAUGAGUGAUGAUGAAUCCUCUGCGUCAUCUGCUCUUGUUCCUUCUUGUAUCUCGCAAUCUGAUGAUGCAUUCGCCUGUCUUGGAGCAUCUCUUCGCACUGCGUACGUUCGGGAUGCGUCUCCCAUUCUUGCCGGCAAGGGAACUCGCAGCUCUACGCAGGCUUGGCUGACCAGCACCUCUCCGACUGGCACUCGUGCACCAUCGACCGAAGGACAACGCAUUAUUAAGGGAAGAUCUUCUGGUAGGCCCGCCGACCUUCCCUUAGCUCGACCUUCUGGACUUCCACCAACCAAGGCGUGA